AUGCUUCUUCCUCUCGCUAAGGGCGCAUUGGCUGCGCUUCUCACUGCUACUACUUGCAACGCUUCGCCCGUGGUUCUUGCGGCUCGCAACAACGGCGUACCGACGGCGAACCUCAAGAACGGCACUGUCCAGGGCGUCUCUCUCCCGACUUUCUCGCAGGAAGCCUUCCUCGGCGUGCCCUUCGCUCAACCGCCGGUUGGAGACCUCCGACUUCGCAAGCCGCACAGCUUGAACACGACAUUCUCCGGCGGCUCGCACGCAGCGAAGGAGUACAGCAAGUUCUGUCCUGGCGUUGGAGGCGACGACUGGCCGUACGAGCUGUCCGAGGACUGCCUCUACCUAAAUGUUCUUCGUCCUGCCGGCACUAAGAAGGGCGAUAAGCUUCCCGUCGGCCUCUGGAUCUACGGAGGCGGCUUCAACAUGGGCGGGUCUGGCGAUUCGCGUUACAACGGCAGCUGGGUCGUCGAGCGAUCCGUCGAGAUGGGCAAGCCUAUCAUGUUUGUCUCGAUCAACUACCGCGUCGCCGCCCUCGGCUUCAUGGCGUCGGAAGAGCUGCGGAAGGAGGGCAACGUCAACCUCGGCCUGUACGACCAGCGCCUCGCCCUUCACUGGGUGCAGGAGAACAUCGCUGCGUUCGGCGGAGACCCAAGCAAAGUUUCGUUGUGGGGCGAAAGCGCCGGCGCUAUGAGCGUCAGCUACCAACUCCUCGGCUACGGUCUCACCUCGACGAACCUCUUCCGCGGCGCCAUCCUUGAAUCCGGCAACCCUCUCACCCUCGCCAUCACGAACAACUCGCGCCUCGAGACCAUGUUCAACGACGUCGUCAACUCUACGGGAUGCGCUGGUGCUGAGAGUGCUCUUACGUGCCUUCGCGGCCUCUCGCUCGAUGCGUUCAACACCUCGGCGUCCGCAUACAGCUGGAAUCCGGUCGUCGACGGCGAGAUCAUCUCCGCUUACCCGUCCGACACGCUCGCCAAGGACGCUUUCGUGCGCGUGCCUAUGCUUAUUGGCGCCAACACCGACGAGGGAACGGCUUUCGGCUCGAAGGACAUCAACACGACCGAACAGCUCGCCGCCAACCUCCACCUCCGCUACCCUGCUAUGACUGGCGCUAGCGUCUCGAAGCUCCUCGACCUUUACCCGAACGACCCCCUCGUCGGAUGCCCUUACAAUACCGGCGACGCUGUCCUCUCGACCGGCCUCCAGGACAAGCGCUCGAACGCCAUCUACGGUGACAUGUAUAUGCAGGCGGGUCGCCGCCUCCUCGCUGAGAAGAUGGCCAAGUACAAGCCCGUCUACAGCUACCGCUUUGAUCAGCCUGCCGAGAAUUCGACGGUCGAGACCGGAACGACCCACUUUGUCGAGGUCGCCUACGUCUUCUCGAACCCGCUCAAGACGGCCAACACGCUCGGUAACCGUCCUGGCGACCGCGAGCUCGCCAAGCUCAUGACGAGCCAGUGGGUCUCGUUCAUCCACGACCAGACGCCCAACAACAACGAGAUUUCGGACGCCCCGACCUGGCCGAACUACCAAGACCAAGCGUCGAACUACGUCUUCCGUCGCCAUGGCUGCGUCACGGAGAAGGAUGACUACCGCAAGGAGGGCAUGUCGUUCAUCAACAACCUCGGCUGGGAGGCGAGUGCGUAG